AAGGCUCAUCGGUAAUAAUAAGCAAAGAGUUGGUUGGUCCUCUACGCACCGCUUUAAGUUUAGGUAUGCGGAUCUCUAGCUAAUUAUCUACUCUGUAGUCUUUCUAACAUUUUCUUCCCUGUUGUUAUCUUCAUCGAUCGGAGAGAGAAAGAGAAAGAGAAAGCGAGAGAGAGAGAGAGAGAGCGUUUUUAUAAAUUAGGGUUGGGCUAAAGCAAUAAGCAGUGAAGUUUAGGGUUUGUCGGUUUGUUUGGGGGAGGUGAGCAAUGGAAGAGAUCACGGAGGGAGUGAACGCCAUCAACUUAGGAGUAGGAGGAGGAGGAGGAGGAGCUGGAGAUUUCCACAAGAGGAACCGGAUUCAAGUCUCCAAUACCAAGAAACCCUUGUUUUUCUAUGUUAAUCUCGCCAAGAGGUACAUGCAGCAGUAUAAUGAGGUAGAGCUUUCUGCACUUGGAAUGGCAAUUGCCACAGUUGUCACUGUUGCUGAAAUUCUUAAAAACAACGGAUUGGCUGUUGAGAAGAAGAUCAUGACUUCAACUGUUGAUAUGAAGGAUGAUUCAAGGGGGCGACCAAUCCAAAAAGCAAGGAUUGAGAUAUUGCUAGGGAAAACCGAAAAUUUCGAUGAAUUGAUGGCGGCUGCUGCAGAGGAAAGGGAGGCAGCUGGAGAGGAUGAAGAUCAAAGUUGAAGCAGCGGUUGAAUCGCUACCUAAUUUUUUUUUUUUUUUUUUUUUUUUUUUUUUACUAGCACUGAAUUGAUCUUUUUCGAUGAUCAAUAGCUGUAGGCAUCUGAAUUACUGUAGGCCUCAUGAGUCAUGAGUAUGAUAGUCAUGAAAGUUUUUUGUUAGGAGCAUAGAUUUCAUAUCAUUUUUCUGUUCAACAUUAACCUUUUUUCCUUUUUUUUUUUUUUUUUUUGGAUGAAACUGUUCAACAUUAUCUUUUUGAUUUUUUGGCCUUUGAAUCCGUAUAAUUGUGAUGUUGGAAGGUUGAUUUUAUGUCAUGGUGAUGUUAGAAGGUUGAUUUUAUG